AUGCUCACUCCAGAUUCAAUCUACCAAGAUUCGGUCUUCAAUGAGGACGAGGACGAGAAUGACGGAUGGGAGACACAGAUAGCUCCUGACACGGCCGCUCCAAGUGUAAGUGACCAGGCUCUUACAAGGGCUCGGUCAAGAUUUCCUGGCGCAGGCAGUGUGUUCACGUUCUCAGCGCGUUGCCCCAGUCCUAGACGAAGAGCAGUGGGAGACGCCAUGGCGCUCUCUGCCACAGCUACAACACUGCUCAGUGGCAGCAAGACUAUGUAUAGUGAUGCAACUGUCGACACCGAAGACCUCAUUCCCAUUUUCGCGGCGUGUUAUGGAUUUCAUGCAGAGCCCUCUUACAUGCCCACUAAACGCGAAGAAGAUCAGAAGCUGGAUACAAAAACCGUCAUGCAGCUUUUUGCUCAGCUUCCACACUCUGGCAGUUUUACAGGACCUGAACAGCCGGCUAUUCACGACUUUGUCAACCAUGUAAUGCUCCGCUCGUCUGUCACCGUGGAUUCCCCCUUGGGUUCACUGUGCGAUCUCCUCCCGACAUGCACUCGACACCUCGCUCUGCACAAAGCAGCUUCUACCAGAUUGCAAUGUGAUACACAAGGGUCCGUGCUGUAUAUCUGGCGGUCCUCUGAGGACACGGCAGGCAAUCAGUCAUGGAUGCUGGUGAUCAUCAAAGCUGCGACUGCUCUCGAGAUUGUUCGGCACAAGUGGGGACCGGAGAAGGAAGACAACGCACAAGAAAUAGUCAAGCAUGGCAUUUCUUUCGUGAUGCUGUGGCCAUUGUCCGCGACAUGCCAGCUUGUCAAACCACCUCCCAUUGGCGGGUGGCAAGGGCUUGGAUUCAGGGAACUGGGCUAUCAAUCAGAGGUUCUCGACUACAUGCUUUAUUUGGAGCGCUGCCGCGCUGUACUGCGUCAUCCAAAUAUUCACUUAGCCUUUGGAAGAGGUGGUAUCAUAUGGCGCCUGGCGUACGAAGAGAUGGACUUGAGCAGAGUGUCGUUUGGACCUUCCGAGGAAUCUGACGAGAAGGUGGUCCACUGGCUCAAAGGUGUUGCGUACGAGGAUGCCACCCUUUCCGAAGACAACUUGAAUCACAUCUGCAGUGUUUAUCGCAUAUAUGCCAAGAGCGGGAUGCAUGUUGGGUACUGGACAAAGAUGAACGAAGAAUGGUUUGUGCAUUGUCAGAACUAUCUGCAGCAAGGCAUACAUGAAGGAAAUAAGAGUAAACUAGACCUCAAGAAUGCCAAAGCUUGGCAUCAGGCCCUCCGAUACGAGUCGAACAAGCAAUGGGACUUCCUAUGA